UGAAAACCGCUCAUUUCAAUUAUUGGGGAAAAGAGGGAAAAAAGGAAAAAGAACAAUCUUUACAGAAUACAGCAAUGCGAAUGCAGGCCUUUACGGCAAAUCUCGAUUAACUGCAGAGAGUUGCAGCCCAUGGCCGAGCACCGGACGCAAAAGAUGCAGUUCCGCGCUAGGCCGACCAAUUUUCCGGGUUUCCUAUAUAUAUUACAAGAAACCCGUCGUACGGUCAUCUACGGCUGGAGUACAUUUUUCGUCUACUCUGGGAUUACUUUGGGUUUCUAUUGUCUCCGCAGGAUCACCACCCCGGAACCUGGCACUUCAAGACGUCCAAUCCAUUAAGCUCCCGAAUAAUCAUAAGAUGGAAGGAAGGUAUGCCCAACCCAACCCCGAACGAUGA